UCUCUCUCUCUCUCUCUCUCUCUCUCUCAUUCAUUCAUUCAUUCAUUCAUUCCUCUGCUCCUCUCCUGCGUCUCCAAAACAACGAUCAAGCACUUGCAUUACUCUCGCCGGCAUAACCCUACCCAGAUAAAACUCCGAAUGAUUUACACAACGCAAGGCGUCGGCGUGACCCCCGGUGAAAUGAUGCCGUCGCCCGACAUUGCCAGAAUGCUGGACAACUCGAAGGAGCUCGAUCGUUUAAGGAGAGUCCAAGAGGAGGUCCUCCUCGAGAUCAAUAACAUGCACGACAGGAUACGGUCCUCUCCUGAGGUGCUCCAGAGGUACGGUGAUAUCUUCUUGACACGGCUUAAGAUGUUGUAUACACAAGCCAAAGAACUUUCAGAAAGCGAAGUGAAUAUUUCAACCCAGUUAUUAGGGCAACUGGAUGCUUUCAUGCCUCCUGGAGCUCCAUGGCAUCAAAGAAGAAGAAUAGAACCUAAUGAACCGAAAAGGAAACAAUUGAAGGCUGAUUCUGAUAUCUCAACGCAUUCUCCAUCAGUGCAAAAGCACCUGGAUACUCUUUCUAGUCUGACUGGUGAACAAGUAGCAGCUAGGGUGACAAAUGGUUCUGAGAAAGAAGAGUGGUUCGUUGUUAAAGUUCUUCAUUUUGGUAGAGAAACUAGAGAAGUUGAAGUGCUUGAUGAGGAGCCUGGUGAUGAUGAAGAGGGUGGCAGCCAGAGGAAGUACAAGCUGCCUAUAUCAGAGAUAAUACCUUUCCCAAAACGGAAUGAUAUCCCUGGUGUUCAAGAUUUCCGUCCUGGGGAAAAGGUUUUAGCAUUGUAUCCAGAUACAACUGCAUUAUAUAAAGCAACUGUAGUCCAACCUCGAAAGAGGAAGACUGAUGAUUAUGUCUUGGUAUUCGACGACGAUGAGGAUGAAGAUGGAUCUUUGCCUCAAAGGGUUGUACCCUUUCACAGGGUGGUUGGUCUUCCCGAAGGACGUGGUCAAUAGUUUUUCCAUUUCCCCUAGGUAUGUGUAUAGGUAAAUAUAUGCGCAGUUCAUAUGUGAAGUGUUGUAUCUGUUUGGAUUUAGAUUAUGGAGGGAUUUGUGGGAGAACAAGAAAAGAAAGUUUUUUGAAGCUAUUUUCUGUUC